AUGAAUUUUCUCGGUGCGGUUGGUGGUGACGGCGAUGACAGCGAUGACAAGGAAAAGGAAGAAGAAGCGGAACGCGAACGACAGGAAGCGAUCCGCGAGGCCGAGGAGCGGCGCAAGGAGAAGCAUCGCAAGAUGGAGGAGGAGAGAGAGAAGAUGCGCCAAGAGAUUCGGGAUAAGUACAAAAUUCCUAAGAAGGAGGAAAUGGUGGAACAACAGCAGGCCGAACCAGACAACCCUUUGAUGAGGAAGAAAAAGACUCCCGAGGAAUUGGCUGCGGAGGCUGAGCUGGAAGAUCAAGACGAGUUCACCAAACUCAAAAACACCAUCGAAACGCAAGUGAACGAAUUGAAGUCGCAGAUCGAGAACAGGUGUGUUAUGCAGUGA